AUGGAAUCGAUAGCCAGGAUUUCGUCGCUGCUAGAAAGUGCCCGAGAGCUCACCCUCGAUGCCGCCUCGGCCGCCCGCAGCGCCCGCAGCUCGUCCAAGCCUCUCGAUCGCGUUCAGGUUAAGAAACUCCUCGACAGUCGCAAUGAACGAGAAGUGCUGGACGGUCUGCGUCGGGUCAUCUCGAUGAUGUACCGCUCGCAAAGGACACACCCUCUGUUCUCCUCCGUCGUCAAGAACGUCGCCUCCCCGAAUAUCGAGAUCAAGAAACUGGUCUACAUCUACCUGAUCCACCAUGCCGAGGAGGACCCCGACCUUGCCUUGCUCUCCAUCAACACCAUCCAGAAGUCGCUUUCCGAUUCCAACCCCCAAGUGCGCGCCUUGGCUCUACGAACAAUGUCCAACAUACGGGUUCCCGUCAUCAGCCAGAUUGUGUCGUUGGCCAUCAAGAAGGGCGCCGGAGACAUCAACCCCUAUGUGCGCCGAGCCGCUGCCUUGGCAAUCCCCAAGUGUUACCGACUCGACCCAUCCCAAAUGCCCUCACUGCUCGAAUAUCUCUCGACUCUCUUGGGCGACAAGCAAUAUUAUGUGGCAGGUGCCGCCGUUACAGCCUUUCUGGAGAUCUGCCCGGACAGACUGGACUUGAUACACAAGCAUUACAGGCAGUUGGUCAAGAUGGUGGUGGAUAUGGACGAAUGGAGCCAGCUCUCGACACUGCGACUUAUGACGGUUUAUGCGCGAAAAUGCUUCCCUCGACGAACCCGGAUUGUGAAAGCCCAGGACAAGGCGGCCGAUCUUCAAGACUUUUACGGUGAUAACGCCGCCGCCAGCUCGAAUGAUGACGCCGAGGGCCAGGAGGUGAUUGUUCUCGACCCUGAUCUUGAGCUGCUCCUCAACAGCAUCAAACCCCUCCUCCAAUCACGAAACUCAGGCGUUGUGGUUUCGGUAGCACGCUGUUACGAUGCGGUAGGCACGCCCGAGUAUGUCAAGACAGCCAUUGGGCCAUUGAUAGCCUUGCUACGAGGCGCUCAGGAUAUCCAACAGGUUGCACUCUACAACAUCGUAUCCAUUUGCCUUACCCGGCCUGCCGAUUUCGUGCGCUAUGCCUCGCAUUUCCUAGUGCGUGCAACGGAUACACAACCCAUUUGGGAACUUAAGCUGGAGCUUUUGACUCUCAUCUUCCCACAUGCUCCUCUGCAUGUCAAGAGCCUUAUUCUCAACGAGCUUGAGCACUUCAGCCGAGGAACCGAUAAGGCGCUGGUUAGGGAGGCAGUUAGGGCUAUUGGCCGCUGCGCGGUAACAGACACAGCAGCUGCACCUAGGUGUCUGCGGUUGCUUCUCAGUCAAAUCACUAGCUUGGACGGCACGCUGGCCGCAGAGAGCUUGACAGUGAUACGACAUCUAAUCCAGCAGGACCCGACUGCACACGUCGCUACCGUCGUAAGGCUGGCAAAGAACUUGGACUCGGCCACCGACCCACACGCUCGUGCCACCAUUAUCUGGCUAGUAGGCGAGUUCUCUGGUCUCAACGGAGAAGAGAACAUCGCCCCUGAUGUGCUUCGGAUCCUGCUCAAGGACUUUCCCUCCGAGUGCGAAAUCGCCAAACGACAAAUCAUCCUUCUCGGCGCCAAAGUCUACCUACACUACCUCAACCGACAGAUUGAAGCAUCACAAAAUGCCGAUGGCGAACCGGGUCCUCCACCCAAGCUUCUCGAAGACGACGACCAUCCAAUUGCAAAGCUAUGGAGUUAUGUGCUCCUCCUGGCUCGAUACGAUACCUCUUAUGAUCUCCGUGAUCGCACUCGUCUCUACAAAGCCUUGCUCGGCGUACCCCAGCUCGCAACCCUCAUGCUGCUCGCGCCUAAGCCUGCGCCCCAAGCGCAAAGUCCCUCGGAGAUGAGGCGUGGGUAUACCCUUGGCUCUUCAGCCCUGGUCCUCGCCGAUGCCGCCGGUGUUCACGGCGUCAGGGGCUACGAGGACUUGCCCGAUUGGGUCGAGGAGGGCAAGCAGCCGGAUCCGAGACUGAGAGAGACAGGCGUGCCACCAACCGCAACGUACGGCAAGAAGAGAGUCGUGCCAGCUUUGGAGAUUUUGGACGGUGGGUCGUCUAGAUCAGUGCCUACGAAGGCUAAUGGUCUGGGUGAGGGAGUAGGCACCAAGACACUUGAUGAUUGGCUUGCGGAGGAGGAGGAUAUCAGUAAGAAGGCGGUGCCAGUGUCAGCACCUGUGCAACGGCAGGUUGUGGAGGAAAGUGAAGAGGAGGAUGAGGAAGAGGAAACCACUGAGGAAGAAGAAGAUGAUGAAGAAGAAGAGGAGGAGGAGGAGGAGGAGGAAGACGAUGAAGAAGAGGAAGAGAGUUCAUCGGAAGAGGAGUCUGAUGAUGACGAGGCUGAAGAUGCGAGGCUGAUGGGGGCUUGA